GUGUCCCGUGCAGGUUAUGACUAUACAUCGGAUCUCAUCUGUUCCAGAUGUAGUUUGGCAAAUAGGCUACGUAAUUCUAAUGUUUUAAUUUCAAAACAAACCAACAAUUCUGAACGCGACAUUGUAGAAAUGCCGCGGUUAUUGAACCGUAAUAGGCUACGUGUAGCUAGCUGUGAAUUUAGUUUGCCUAAGUGGAGAGCGAUGCAGUGGUCUCUGCGCAACCCCUUGGCUCGAUACAGUAUUUGUUUUUUUUUUCCCUCCAGCGAAUACGCAGCGUGAUACAAAUAGCCAUAUAGCUACAUAGCUAAGCUAUAUGUUUUUUUUUUUAAAUUCCAACAGCAACUUCAUCAGACACAGCGAGGAGUCGGCGCCUGAACAUAAAUAGCAUCAGCUUUUUCAUUUACAAGCUACGCAUCCUUGAGAGUGGCAUAGGAAGAGGAAAAAAGCGGAGCACCACACUAGACAUCCGAUAAAGGACCUGCCCGUUCAAAUCACAGGGUUUGGCCUGUCACCAUCAUGACUGCACUGAGACAGAGGAAAGGAAGCAAGGGGAAGGAGAGCAGUCAGGAGGGUCAGAGACACGACCAUCCUGAAGACCUCCCAAAAAUCCCCCCUGCAGGUUUGUGGACGUGGUGGACGGUGGCGUGGGGGACAGCCGGGGGUGUCGUGGGAGUGUCCCUUGGUCUGCUGAGCAGCGUCUAUGUGGCAACCUUGCAUGAAAAUGACUUGUGGUUCUCUAACAUCAAGGAAGUCGAGCGUGAAAUCUCCUUUCGGACAGAGUGCGGCUUGUACUACUCCUACUACAAGCAGAUGCUGGAGUCCCCGUCCAUACUGCAGGGUCUGUCCGAUCUUGUCAGCGACAACGCCACCGAAUCGCGACGGACCGUCAAUCUCCUGCAGCGAAUGAACAUCUACCAGGAAGUGUUUCUGAGCGUUCUGUACAGAAUUCUCCCCAUCCAGGAGUACCUGCAGCCGGUGUACUUCUACAUCUACACUGUGUUCGCCCUGCAAGCCGUGUACGUCAUCGCCCUCUACAUCACCAGCUGGAUGCUCAGCGGCUCCUGGCUGGCGGGAGUGCUGACCGCUACGUGGUACAUCAUCAACAGAGUGGACACCACGCGGGUGGAGUUCACCAUCUCGCUGAGGGAGAACUGGUCUCUGCCCUUCUUCGCCCUGCAAGUCGCCGCCAUCACCUGCUACCUGCGGCCCCGGCUGAGACCUCUACAACAGAAAGUGGUGCUGUGGCUGGUCUUCCUCUCCAGCUUCUGUUUCUGCCUGACUUGGCAGUUCAAUCAGUUCAUCCUGCUGGUCCAGGCGUUCAUCAUCUUUGGGCUGGACUGUCUGGACCUCGUCCCCCCCGAGCAGGUGACGUCGCUCUACCUGGUGCAGGCCUCCAGCCUCCUGUCGGUGUGGGCCCUGCAGUUCUGCAAUCCCAUGAUCCUCGGCUCCCUGGUGCUCAGCUUCAUCGUGGCCGCCCUCUUCGUCAGGCGCUUUCAGAGGGGCCUGAGGACGGGAGGGCUGCUGCUGCGCCUCGCCAAACUGCUGCUGCACACUGUGCUGGUCCUCAGCCUGACCUUCACCCUCAACUAUCUGACCAAGACCGCGCUGCAGCUGAGAUCGGACGAGCACAUCUUCAAGUUCAUCAAGGCCAAGUUCGGCUUUGGCUCCACGAGAGAUUUCGAUGCCAACCUGUACCUGUGUGAGGAGGCGUUUGGCCUUCUGCCCCUGGACACCUUUGAGCGGCUGGCGGGGACGCUGAUGGUGUACCCCUACCUCUGCACUCUCAGCGUGCUCCUGCUAAUGCUUCUGAUGGUGGGGCUACGGAACCUGAGCGGUUCGAGCGGCGCUCGUUCACAGAGAGAGGAGGAGAUAAUCGGCCUUGGGCCAGACGUAUCUUAUAAUCUGCUGCACACCGUGUGUUUCGGUGUCCUUGCGCUGAGCACCAUGAGAAUGAAAUACCUCUGGACAGGUCACAUGUGCGCCUUCGCGGCCUAUGGCGUAUGCGGUAAGGAGCUGUGGGGCCUCUACCUCAGGGUGAUCCGCUGUCACUCUCAGACAAAGCUAAGGCUGAUCAGAUACACCAUCCCGAUUGUUAUUCUGGCUUUUCUUUAUUACAAGUUCUGGCCCAAGCUCAUGGAGGAAGUUUCGGAGCUUCGGGAGUUCUACGACCCGGACACGGUGGAGCUGAUGACCUGGAUCAGCUCCAAGACCUCAAAGAAGGCUGUGUUUGCGGGGAGCAUGCAGCUUCUAGCCGGGAUCAAACUGUGCACUGGAAGAACCCUGACUAACCACCCACAUUACGAGGACCGGGAACUGAGGGAGAGGACCAGACAGGUGUACCAGGUGUACGCCCGGCAGCCCCCCGAGGAGGUGCACAGGAUCCUGCGGGCGGCGGGGGCGGAUUACGUGGUCCUGGAGGACAGCAUCUGCUACGAGAGGAGGCACAGCCGGGGCUGCCGUCUGCGCGACCUGCUGGACGUGGCCAACGGGCAUAUCAUGGACGGCCCGGGGGAGAACGACCCGGACCUGGUCCCCGCCCCCCACCCCCGCUUCUGCGAGGAGAUCAAGAGGGACGGGCCGGAGUUCGGCGCCCUCUUCACCCGCGUCUUCAGGAACAAGACGUUCCACGCGUACAAGCUGAGGAAGGGCAAGAAGAGAGCGAGGGCCGGCGGGAGGGCGGGCGAGCCCGACGCGUAGCGCUCUCCCCGCCGGCGACCAUCUUCUUCACACGCUCGGUCUCCGCCCCCCAUCGGCCUCCGCCCUCACAGAGACCCACGAAUGCUUCUCCACCCUAUUUUUUUAACACCCCACCAUCUCCCGGAGCUGGUGGAAAUAUCCCAGCGGGGGGCUCGCUACCGAUGGUGACGGCGGGCUACGGUGCCGCAGCGUCAGGGAAGCAGCGUGACCAUGUUUACAUUCCCCCCCCCCUUUCAGAUUGGUUUUAAAAAAUAAUAAACAGAGAGAGAGAGAGAGAGAAAGAGAGAGAGAGUGUUCAGACAGCAGAGCAUUCUGGGAUUGCGUCUCGGCAGGCCCCCGCAGCCAAACGCUUCGUCACACAUUUGCCAAACGUGCCAUUUCACCAAGUCUGCUUGUGCCAUGUCCCUUUUACACUCGACAAUGAGCCCCACCCCCCUUUUUGUAAUUGUACACUACAGGUAAAUGUCUGUACGUUAGGUUUUCCAGUUGUUUGUAAUGCAGAAGUGUGUCGUGUCUGAGCUCCCUUGUUCUCCGGGAUGUCAUUUUGUCCCUCCCUCCCACACACACCCCCCCCCCCCCCCCCACCCCGUGGCUAAAUGGAAUGACAACUUUUGCGGCGUCAUUCGGGCUUAUCAUGAACGGCGGCCGUUCUGUCAUCGCAAAUGCCUUCGCUAAUUAAAUGCCUGGCCCUCCCUUGAAAGGGUGACAGUUACGGGUUUUGAAAAACUCUUCAGAAAUGCGCGUAUUAAUGAUUCCAUCUAAAUUAUCGCGACCGUGUUAUUAACCUUGUGAAUCAUUCAUCUGCUUCUUCGUCUAUAUUUGCCAGAACUGUUCUCUUUUCAGCCUUUUUUUUUUUUUUUUUU